CGACCGGCCGCACACAUCGCACACGCACGUUGCACCGCGUACUUGACGACYGWCGACGGCGACGCAGUCUCGCAGGUAUAUACACCGUAUACCAAACCUACACCCAUCAGUCGACCACGGGCGCGGUGAUCGCAUUCGCUCUCGGCCCGUCCGUUCCGCCGCGUUUUGUUUUUCAUAACAAUAUAAUAAUAAUAAUAUUAUUAUUAUUAUUAUUACGAAACGCACACCACGCGAUAUGGUCCGCAAGUCGACGACGACGACGGCCGCCGACGCCGCAGCCGUUCGAGUUUGACCCGUAUAGUUACGAAAAUACGUUCCGUUUCGUCCAUCGGUUUGCGAGUGUAUUUCACGACAUUUUGCACCAAAAGAAUUUCGUCUUAUCGUAGAUCCACCGUUUAACUGCCUAAAUCAUUGGUAUACCCGUAUACCGUGUCGUGGAUACCUAGGUAUAUAAUCCGUCCACCCGGCCRCAUAGGUACGGUAACGAUACACCGGUAAUAAUAUGAUAAUGGGUACGGCCAACCAGGAACAGCAUCCAGCCAGCGCGAUCAAAAAGCCCACGGACUUUUCGAUCGACGCUAUUAUGCGCAAAGAUGACGUCGCCGCCACUGCCGCCGAUUCGAGACACAACAUCAUGUUCGGCACAGAGGGCGAAGGUUCGAUGGGUGGGACUGAUGAUUUAGACAUUGAAGUGGACGUCGUUGAGACUUCAGAACCAGAAGAUUUGGCCGCCAACCGCUAUCAUCGUCGGUCUUCGGUGGAUGCGGGUACCGGAAAGCAAAAUGGCACUGCUAGUGGUUCGAAGAAAAAAAGAUGCCGAGAAACGGUUAGCGCUUCAUCCGAAGACGGUGAUCGGACACCGCCCCCGCAAGAUUCUGCACAGGCCACAUCCAAGAACCUGGCAACAAUGUUGGCAAAAUGUACUAGUCCGGAUUUGGCAUCCACAGAAUGCUACCUUGAGUCUGUCUCAAAAGAACUCUGGUCCAAAUUUCACGAACUGGGCACGGAAAUGAUCAUCACCAAAACCGGAAGGAGGAUGUUUCCCACACUGCGCGUGUGCUUCCGGAAGCUGGACCCAAACCAAAAGUAUUCGGUGCUAAUAGACAUUGUGCCGGUGGACAACAAACGGUACCGGUACGCAUACCACAAGUCAUCGUGGCUGGUGGCCGGCAAGGCGGAUCCACCAGCCCCGCAUCGGCUGUACACACACCCCGAUUCGCCGUUCACGGGUGACCAGCUGCACAAGACGUUUGUGUCGUUUGAAAAAGUCAAGCUCACCAACAACGAGAUGGACAUCAGCGGACAGAUGAGUAUUAUUGWCUUAGCGUCAUAA